CUGCUUCCCAGAAAGUUGAUACACUCUAGGGGCUUGCUUGGUGUAAGUGACCAAGCGUUCACCUUGACCAUGGGCCACAAUCCAGACCUGGACAGUAGCGGCACUGCCGGAGAACCCAAGGGUGUCACCGGCUCGCACAUUGAACAAACCUCGUCCAACCUCGAAGCCAACGUUAACCUCGAAGCCAAGCUCAAGAACCCGCUCGAAGGCCUUUCCCGCGUCGAGCUCCUGUCACGCGUCGAGACCUUUUGCGCCGAAAAGAACCUAACCGAGCACCUCCCUCUCUUCCGUAAGGGAGCACUCAUCGCCCAAUCCCCGGACAACUAUGCGUCCAUCUCGGGCCCGGAAGCCUUGGAUGAUGAGGAGAAGGCAGUACUUUUGAAGGAGGUCGAACACAAGUGGCGGCUGCCGGCAAGACUGUUCCUGACGAUUGCGACUUGCUCGAUCGGUGCUGCUGUCCAAGGUUGGGAUCAGACGGGCACGAAUGGCGCGAAUAUCUUCUUCCCCAACUAUUACGGUAUCGGAGGGGACACUGCGAGGGAGAAGUUGCUUGUCGGAUUGAUCAAUGCUGGGCCUUAUAUUGGGAGCGCAUUCAUCGGUUGCUGGCUUUCUGAUCCCAUCAACAACUGGAUCGGUCGUCGUGGUGUAAUCUUUGUCUCUGCUCACUUCUGUAUCUGGCCCGUCAUCGGUUCUGCUUUCUGUCACACAUGGCCCCAGCAACUGGCCUGCCGUCUGCUGAUGGGUAUCGGUAUGGGUGUAAAGGCAUCAACGGUGCCGAUUUAUGCCGCGGAAAACUCGCCUGCUGCUAUUCGAGGUGCGCUGGUUAUGUCAUGGCAAAUGUGGACAGCCUUCGGCAUCUUCUUGGGAACUGCUUUUAACCUUGCCGUCUUCAACGCCAGCUCCAACGUCAACUGGCGCCUCAUGCUCGGUGCCCCCUUCAUCCCCGCCGUACCCCUGCUUCUGCUCAUCUAUCUUUGCCCCGAGUCCCCGCGCUGGUACAUGAAGAAGGGCCGCUACCCAGAAGCCUGGAAAUCCAUGGUCAAGCUGCGCAACCACCCUAUCCAAGUUGCCCGGGACAUGUUCUACAUCCACUCGCAAUUGGAAGUUGAGCACCAGCUCCUCGCCGGCUCCAACUAUGCCAAGCGCUUCGUUGAGCUCUUCACCGUCCCUCGUGUUCGCCGCGCCACCCUCGCCGCUUUCACCGUCAUGAUUGCCCAACAGAUGUGCGGAAUCAACAUCAUUGCCUUUUACAGCACCACCAUCUUUAAGGAUUCCGGCUCCACCGAAUUCCAAGCCCUGCUUUCGUCCUUCGGCUUCGGUCUAGUCAACUGGCUCUUCGCCUUCCCCGCCUUCUGGACCAUCGACACCUUUGGCCGGCGCUCUCUACUUCUCUUUACCUUCCCGCAAAUGAUGUGGACCCUGCUAGCAGCCGGCCUCUUCACCUUGCUCGACAUGGGUACCGCCCGGACCGCGCUUGUCGCCUUAUUCGUCUUCCUCUUCGCCGCGUUCUACUCCCCCGGUGAAGGUCCUGUCCCCUUCACCUACUCGGCCGAAGUCUUCCCCCUCUCUCACAGAGAAGUAGGCAUGGGCUUUGCCGUUGCCACCUGUCUCUUCUGGGCAUCUGUUUUGGGUAUUACCUUCCCCUUCUUGCUUGACUCUCUCGGCACCGUCGGCGCCUUUGGUCUUUACGCGGGCUUCAACCUGGUGGCGUUUAUUGCCAUCUUCUUGGUCGUGCCGGAGACGAAGCAGAAGACGCUCGAGGAGUUGGAUUAUGUCUUUGCUGUGAAGACGAGCAAGUUCAUGUCGUACCAGUGCACCAAGGCGCUGCCGUGGUUCAUCAAGAGAUGGGUGUUUUGGCAGAGGAAUGCGAAGCUGGAGCCACUUUAUGAGUUUGAUCGGAUCAAGGAGGCGGAGAAGGAGAGGAGGGCAGAGGAGGAGAGAAGGGCAAAGGAGACAGGAACUAUCACCUCUACUGCUACAGGAGCCGAGUUGGAUGAAAAGAAGGGACUGAGCCAUGUGAAUGCUCCUAAUGCUUAGAUAGACAGGGGACGGUUCGGUUUGGUUGGUGCGUUGUUGGCCGGUCUUGGAGAUUGUCAUGUGGUUUGGAUGGACGGAUUAUGAUAUCUCUUUCCUGUCGUUCCUUCGGUCAUGUCCUCAUGUGUUACGCUCCCAAUAUUGAUACCACUAUAACAUUUCAAGCAAAUAAAAGAAAUUUGAUG